AUGAAUGCUCCAGAUAGAUUUGAACUAUUUAUAUUACCAGAUGGACUUGAAAAGAUAAAGAUCACACCCGAUUCAAAAGUGCCGAAUGCUGCCAUCAUAAAGAUUGAAAGAGAAGAUCACACAUUAGCUAAUUUAUUAAGGGCACAACUUCUCAAAGACGAUCGUGUUAUUUUUGCUGCAUAUAAAGUGGAACAUCCCUUGUUUGCAAAUUUUGUCUUGAGAAUUCAAACCGAGGAUGAUUAUUCGCCCAAGGACGCUUUGAAAAAUGCAUGCCAGGCUCUUAUUGCUGAGCUCCAGGCCAUUAAUGACAAAUUCCAAAGAGAAUGGGCGUUGAAAGGAUUGAUGUCAAAUAACGAGGAUGACUUUUGA